UGACGUGGUCGUGGUGCAUAAUUCCAAGCUUAGGACUUGAUUCGUUUUUCAAUCAUGUCCUGGCUGGGGGACAGCUUCAGUAGCCUCAAAGGCCAAAUAUCAAAUAUUGCUAAGGAAGUACUCGCAGAAGGGGCAGAUGAAGUUGAUGAUCAGGAGAUGCAACUGAAGAUAGCUAACGACAAGAUAAAGGCACUCGAGGCGUCCAAUGCUUCCCAUGUGGCUGAGAUCGCCCGCCUUGAGCGCCACAGCGGCGAGCUCGAAGAGCGCCUGAACACCGCGGACCUCCGGCUGAGCGGCCUGUCCAAGGAGCAUCGCCAGGAGCUCGUCACUCGAGAGAAGGAGCUCCUGAGCCUCAGGAACCAGCUGCGCGAUGCCCAGGAUCGGCUGGAGUCGGGCAGCGGCGGCCAUGACGAGACGGAGACGGAGACGGAGACGGAGACGACCUCCGGCUCCGACCUAGACGACCUGCUGGCCGCACAGAGACGCAUCAACCAGCUGACGGCGCGCUGCGACCAGCUGAGCAGAGAACGCAGCCAGCUGGUCAAACAGCUGGAGCCGGACGAGCGGCAUGGUACCGCCGAGCACACCCGGUCGCUGGAGGAACGGAUACAGGAGCUGGAGGAGCAGCUGCAGCGGACGGUGGACGCGCACCAGGAGCAGCUGGCGGCGCUGCAGGACAGCCACCAGCAGCAGCUGCAGCAGCUGCGCCGGCCGCCGGCCGCGGAGGAGAAUGGCUCGGACGCUGCGGCUGGCGGCGCGCCGGUGGAGGAGCCGGCCGCCUCCCCGGCGGCCGCGGAGGAGCCCUCGGCGGAGGAGGCGGACCUGCGCCGGCGGCAGCAGCGGCUGCGGACCACGCUCCAGCAGCUCACUGCUGAGCGGGACCGGCUGGCCGCCCGGCUGGAGGAGACUGGCGCGGAGCGGGACCGGCUGACUGCGGACCUCAGCCGGCUGACUGCCGAGAGGGACGCGCUGAGCGCCGAGCAACAGCAGACCCAGACGGAGCGGGAGGAGCUGCGGGCGCAGCUGCAGCAGGCCGCGGAGGAGCUGAACACGCUGAGGGCCGGUCUGACGGAGACCACCGAGGAGAAGGAGGCACUGGUGGCCAGCCUGGAAGAGCUCGACCUACAGAACCAGGCCGCUAACGAGCAGCUGCAGCGGGGCCGCGAAGAGUCCGCCGCCCUCCGGGAGCGGCUGCUGGCUGCUGAGGACGAGGCCCGUCUGCUGACCACGGCCCGGGACGAGCUGCUGGACCGGCUGAAGGCGGGCGCUGAUCAGACGGCGGAGCUGACAGCGGACAGAGACCGGCUGCAGAGCUCACUGUCAGAGGCGGAACAGCGGGCGGCGGCGCUGACUGCGGAGAGGGAUGAACUACAGACGCGACUGCAGGAGAGCGGCCAGCCACGGGAGGAGGAGAGGAGAGAGGAGGAGGAGAGGAGGGAACGGGAGGAGGAGGAGAGGAGGGCGCGGGAGGUGGCCGAGCUGACGGCCAGCAGGGACCAGCUGCUCGAGAAGCUGCAGAGCCAGCAGCAGCAGGCCGAGACGGCGGAGACGGAGAGGGAGGGGCUGCUGGCGAGACUGCGGGAAAAGGAGCAGGAACUCAGCGUCCUUGACAAGGAACGGGAAUCAUUACUGGAGAGACUACAAAUUCAGGAACAAAACCAGGCCUCCUCAGAGGCGGAAAGAGGCGAAAUUUCCGAAAAGUUACGAAAUCAAACGGCAGAGCUCUCCGCCCUUAGUUCUGAAAGAGACCAACUGAUCGAGAAAUUAAGAGAAGCUAAAGAGGAAGUUGAUGCUUUGAAUGAGAAAAUUCAGAAGAAAACUGAAGAGUUUGAUGCUUUGAUAGCCAGCAGAGACGAACUCUCGGAAAAGCUGCUUCAGAAGGAGGAGGAGACCGCGGCGCUGACGACGGCCCGGGACUCCCUGACGGCCCAGCUGAGUCAGAAGGAGCAUGAGACGGCGCUCCUGACGGCGGCCAGGGACGAGCUGACGGAGGAUCUCGCUCAGAGGGAGCGGGAGGCGGCCGAGGUAUCGGUCUCCGCGGACCAGCUCACCCAGGAGCGGCGGCUGAGGGAGGCCGCUGAGCAGCAGCUGGAGCUGAAACUCCGCGAGCUGGACGGCACGGCGUCAGAGAAGGCGGCGCUGGCCGGCCGGCUGGAGCAGCUGGAGCUGCAGCUGCGCGAUGCUGAACAGAGUCUGAGCGCGGCCACCGAACAGCUGCAGGCAGAGAAGGCGCAGGCGGAGGCGCUGCUCAACGAGCAACCGUCCAACCACCAACCAGUCGAAGACGUAACUGUCGUCAAGGCGCACGUCAAUUCGGUAGAGGGCGCAAUAAAACCCGCACACCAGCCAGACCUGAGUGCCGUUCAGACUCUCGAUCAGGCCGAGGAUGAAGAGGAACCGACAUCACUUGACCACAGUAGUCUGUUGGAGCGUCUCACCAAGCUGAUGUCUGACGGUGAGGAGCUGCGAGUCUCCGUCUCCCAGGUCCUCGCCUCUGUCGGUCCCUGCACCCCGCCGCUCGCCUCUGAUCUGUCCUCAGACGGCCCCUCCGCCCCAGUCCCCGCGCUGGUCUCCCUCGUCGAGCGGCUGCAGUCUCAGCAGCAGCGGCAGGCGCGGCUGAGCGCGCUGGCCGUGCGCCGCUGCCGGGAGCUCGAGGAGCUCAGUGACACGCUGCAGAGCUCGGUCAGUGAGCUGACGGAGCAGCUGGACGCGCUCGAGUCGGGCGGCGCGCUGCCUCCCUCCCUGACUGAGGAGCACCGGCAGACCGGGCUGCGGCUGCUCGAGCUGGCCACGCUCUUCAACUCGGAGGACAUUUUCGCGUCCAACUCGUGCACGGCCUCGCUGCUGGACUGGCUGGAGGCGGCCAUCAAGGAGGUGCAGUGGCGCGCACAGGAGGCCGGCCGGCAGCUGGAGCAGGAGCGCGCCGAGCGGCUGGCGGCGCAGGAGCGGCUCCAGGAGCUGGAGCAGGAGCGGCUGCUCGGCUCCACCGAGAAGCUGGAGACCAUCUCGGAGGACGCCGAGCGGGUGGCCGAGCUGGAGGCGGAGGUGGCGCGACUGCGGCAGCUGGCGCACCUGGAGGAGGCAGAGGACUGCGACCGGCUGGAGAGCGGACAGCUGGAGAGAGGACUGGAGGCCGUCCAGCUGGCGAGAGGAGGGGAGGGCGGGCCGGUGCAGAGCGGACUGGAGGAGCAGAUGGCGCGGCUGGCGGCGGAGCGACAGCGGGACGAGGCACUGAGCAGCCUCCAGCAGCUGCAGCAGCUACUGGACGCCAGGGAGGAGGGCCGAGAGCGGGAGGAGCAGCUGCGCUACGAGCAGGCCGAGCUGGCGGCGCGCUGUCAGACCCAGGACACGGAGCUGGCGGAGCUGAGAGCUGAGCUGGCCGCCCAGCGCGCCGCGGCCAGCCAGCUGACCGACGAGGCAGUGGAGCUCUCCAGGAUGAUACAGGAGGUAGAGGCGCUGAAACUGGACAACCAGGGUCUGCUUGAGAAACUGACUGCGGCAGAGGAGGAAAAGAACACCAUUCAACAGCAGCGUGACACCGUCCAGUCUGAAAAUGACCGGCUAAACACCAUGCUGAAAGAGCUAGACGAGGUGAAACUGGCAAAUGAAAAUCUGCUUACAACGGUAAGCAAUAUCGAAGCUGAAAAGAAAGAAAUCAAAGAGGAGCACAACAUCGUUUUAUCGGAGAAAGACAAACUGAAUUUGGCCAUCCAGGAGGCGGACAGGGAAAAGGAAAAACUUAGAACAGAACUAGCGGAAGAAAGAGAGAAACUUAGCUUGGCCAUCGAAAAAUCUGACGGAGAAGCGGAGAGUCUUCGAACGCAGCUCGCGCAGGAAAACGAUCGUCUUAAUUUGUUGGUUCAAAAGUUCACUGAGGACCAGGAAAAGCUAAGCGUGCAGUUAGCUGAAGAAAAGGGGACUGUGACCUCACUGAUUCAGCAGUUUGACGAGGAACGGAGGAAGCUGCAGGCCCAGCUGCGGGAGGAGUCGGAGCGGCUGGGCGCGCUGGUGCACAGCUCCGGCGAGGAGCGGGACCUGCUGCGGGCGCAGCUGGCAGAAAAGUCGGGCAGCUCCGGGGAGCUGGUGCGCGCGCUGGAGCGCUGCCAGCGGCUCGAGGUGGAGCUGGACCCCUGGCGGCGGCUCUCCUCCAUCAUAGAGUCCUCGGCAGGGAGUGCCGCGCAGAGUGGCGGCCACUCCGAGUCGACGGAGGAGCGGUCCGGAGAGCCGGCCGACGGACCGGCCGAGUCCCAGUCCCAGCCGUCCGACCCGGCCUCCGCCCCGUCAGAGUCGCCCUCGCAGCCCGCGGACCCGGCGGCGGCCAUCGAGGCGGCCGCGGCGGCGCUCAGCCGUCUGACGGAGCUGGCAGAGCUGGGCCGCCGGCUGUCCGCCGAGCGGGACGUCUGGGCCGGCGAGCGCCAACAGCUGAUCGCCGCGCUCAACCAGAAACACUCUGAGAGCGUGCAGUACCACGCCGAGAUCCAGCGGCUGUCGGCGGCCGGCGGCCAGCAGGCCGAGCAGCUGCAGCUGACGGCUGCGCAGCUGGCGCAGACGCGGCGCGCCCGGGACGAGGCGCUGGCGCAGUGCUCUCAGCUGCGCGCCAGCCAGGACCAGCUGCUGGUGACGCUCCAGGAGCGCAACCAGACCGUGCACGACCUGCAGAACAAGUCCGACCAGCUGGAGGAGGCUGAGCGGCGGCUGCAGACCGAACUCCGCCGGCUCCGCGAGCAUCUAGUCACCAUCGAGGACAACUACACACAGGAGGCGGUGCACGCCGAACAGCGCGAGGCGGCGCUGCGGGAACGGAUCACCUCCGAGCAGCACCUCACAGCAGAGAGUGAGGCGGCCUCUCAGACCAUCGAGUCCCUCCAGGAGCAGCUGAUGACCGUCUCACAGCAGCGCGAUGACGUCACACUGCAGCUGGAUGACGUCACCCAGUCGCUGAACAACCUGCAGCGCGUGCUCGAACAGUUCCAGCGAGAGAAACGGCGAGAGGUGGAGCUGGCCACCAGCGCCGCCAAGCGGCAGACCAAAGAACUAGAGGAGCAGGUUGCAACUCUCAAGACCCAGCUGUCGGAGGCCAGUGCCGGUCUGAAGGCGGCCAACCGGCUCAACGAGCAGCUGGACCGCAAGGAGCAGCUGAUCCUGGCGCUCAAGUCGGACGUCGAGGCCAAGGUGGACGCCAACAUCCGACUGCAGACCGAGCUGGACGAGCUCAAAGGCAACACCUCCGGCAAGGUGGACAAGACGCUGGUGAAGAACCUGGUGGUCGGGUACGUCUCGGCGCCGGCCGGCCACGAGCGCGAGGUGCUCAGGGUGAUCGCCACCGUCCUCGACUUCUCCGGCGAGGAGCGGGCGCGCGCGCGGCUGGACCCGGCGCCGGCCGCGCCCGCACCGCCCGGCGGCUCGCUCACUCAGGCGUUCGUGCGCUUCCUGGAGGCGGAGUCGACGCCGCGCAAGCCGGCCGUGCUUCCCGCCGAGCAGAUGGCGCGAGACGCGGCGCGCCGGACCGAGGCGCGCGCCCACCGGGCCGCCACACAGGGCCCGCCUCUGCCGCGGAGCACGCCACCUCCGGCUCAGCCGAGCCACUCCCGGCAGAGCUCCACGUCGUCCAACUUGCUGCUGUCGUUCUCUGACCAGCCGCCGGCGGAGGUGGCCGAGCCCAGCAGCGCAGUCCUCCGCGCCAUUAUCGGUGACGGCGCCGACGGCGGGGACGGCGCGCCACAGACGGACGCGGCGCACAGCUGAGCGCCGCGCCGCGCCGGUAUCGCCGCGCCCCCGCCGCUCGGCCGCGCGGCCCGCUUAUAAAGACUGUUAUCUUAUUGUCUCUAGUGUGCAUACGAGAAAUAUAGUUGUGCUGGUGCUUGAUUGACAUUGACGAGGCCCCGAGUGUUCGACAUGGUAUAUGGGCUGCCCACGAGUUGUGAUUGUGACAGAUAUCGUUCUAUUUUAUAUGGAUGUUGCGGCCAAAUAUAAUUGGUGAAUAAAUGAUUAUAUGCAUUCCA